AUGCCUAUUUCUAAUAAUCCUCAUUAUUGUCAUGAGCAAAUCCAAAUACCUCCAGCUCUUCCAGACAUUUUAAAGCAAUUCACCAAAGCAGCUAUCAGAACGCAACCUAAAGACGUUCUCAAGUGGUCUUAUGCAUAUUUUAAAGCGAUAGCACAAAGUGAAAUACCACCAGUUAAAGAAAGACUUGAGCUUCCAAUAAGUACACAAAAAACAGACACAGGUUUAACACCAGGAAUUUUAAGAAUUUUAAAUAACCAGCUUGCGUCAUUGAAAAUCGUAUCGUUAUCUGUCAUUGAAGAAAAAUGGAAAGAUUUGUCGCUACCGGUUGAACGAUUCCAAGAAAUUUGUCGCAUAGGAAAUUUCGCAAAUAUCUGUGAAUGGAGGUGGUUUUUAGCACUUGCUGCUUCUGAUUUAUGUGCCACAUUAUCAGAAACUUUGAAAUUGUUAUGUGAAAUUUUAACGGCAGAUCCUGAAGGUGGGGCAGCUAGAUUACCAUUUGAGCAAUGGCUAGAAUUCUAUCGUUAUCUUGCGAAAAUCGAUGAUAUACCAGAUGAACAUAUUAAUAAAGUGUUAGCUCAUUUGAGUUUUGAUAUUGCAACUCAAAAUGGUGCGAUUGCACCUCGUAAUUUUAUGCAUAAAAAUUGUCCGAAAUUAAAUCCGAGCGAUGAAGUAAAUUUACAUGCUUUCAUAGAAUCAACGGUUGAAGACUAA